GCGGAGCCGGGUGGCGGCAGCAGCCCUCGGUGGGGAGCCCCAGCAGCGGUGCGGGCGGUUACCGGCACGGCGGGGAAUCCCUCUCGGCUUCCUUCCCUCGGCGGAGCGCCCGAGGUAAGCGCUGCAGAGCGGCGGGCGCUGACGGCUCCUCUCUGCCCGCAGCCCGGCAGCCCCAUGACUCUGAACCGCGGCGACAAGCUGCGCUGCCUGGACAAGCGGCGCGGCAGCAUGCCCUUCUCCGCGCACCAGCACCUGCACCGGCGCAGCAUGCCGGUGGACGAGCGGGACCUGCGGGCCGCCCUGCCGCAGGGCGAGCUCUCCGGCCUGGUGCGCUGCACCUCCUACAGCCCCGGCCAGGAGCACCGGGAGAGCUGGGCCUCCGACUCCUCGGACUCGGUCAUCUCCUCGGGCAGCGACUCCGAUGGGCAUCUCUACAAGGUGAUCCUGCUGGGCGAGCACGGCGUGGGCAAGACCAGCCUGGCCCGCAUCUUCGGCGGGGUGGAGGACGGCGCGGAGGCGGAGGAGGCCGGAAAUACGUACGACAGGUCAAUUGUAGUUGACGGAGAAGAAGCCUCUCUGGUGGUGUUCGAUAUAUGGGAGCAGGAUGACAGCCAAUGGCUUCAGAACCACUGUAUGAAAAUGGGAGAUGCCUAUAUUAUUGUAUAUUCAGUGACAGACAAAGUUAGUUUUGAAAAGGCCUCUGAGCUAAGAAUCCAGCUAAGAAGAGCAAGGCAAACAGAAGACAUUCCCAUUAUUCUUGUGGGCAAUAAAAGCGACCUGGUCAGGUCCCGGGAAGUCUCAGUUGAUGAGGGACGGGCCUGUGCCGUUGUGUUUGACUGCAAAUUCAUUGAGACCUCAGCUGCUCUUCAUCAUAAUGUCAAGGACCUGUUUGAAGGUAUUGUUCGGCAAAUUAGACUUCGCAAAGACAGUAAAGAAGACAAUGCUAGGAGAAUGGCCAACACAAAAAGAAGAGAAAGCAUUGGCAAAAAGGCAAAGCGAUUCCUUGGGAGAAUUGUGGCAAAGAACAAUAAGAAGAUGGCUUUCAAAGCAAAAUCAAAGUCUUGCCAUGACUUAUCUGUGCUUUAGAAGCUUUCAGCAAGGCCAGAUGUUGCACGUGGGUGAUGAACAAGCACUGUUAAGAGAAAUGCCUGGAUGAUCCUCAUGGUGAUAACAAGAAUGACUUAUCAAUUGAGACUCUCAUUAAUGCCUUAAGGUGCACAAGCAAGUCCAGAAGUUAUACUACUGUCUGCGUCAUUGAUAAAUGGUUUAAGUUUCAAUGUGUGCAAGUAAAUGAACUAACUUUAAAUAAGUGGCUUGACAUGCCCACACUUUCACUGUGUACAUAUGUUAUAUAUCCUCUUGUCCUGUGGAUACCAGAGAUGCAAAGAUAAGAAACGAUGAUGAUAAGUAUCACCAUAGACUUGUCUUGUUUGCAGAGCAAAACUUAAACUUGUACGCAGGCUCGUACACUCUUUUUAGUAUAAAGCAAGCAAUGAUAAAUCUUUUUAACCUUUAAUGGGGGGGGGAGUAGAACCACAUUAGAAUGGGAGAAAACAAAUUAUAUAUAUAUAGUUAAAUACAGAACAGAUACCGUUUUAUGAAGUUAAUUUGCACUUCCAUUAACUGUUAUUCAAUUAAUUUGUUACUUGUUUACAUGCAGAUUUUAUAAUAAAGUAUUAUUUCCUGUUAUAAUAAACUGUGCUUUUCUCAUAGUAUGGACAAAGAGUGAGAGCACGGUAUUUUUAUACUGACCUUUUUUCACUGUACAAAAUGUUAUACAUACCCUAUGCAGAUUUACAUCUGAUAAAGUUCUGGAACAAGAUGAAUCAGGACUACUCUGUGUCUCUUUCUUUAAUAGACAGUUUCUUUAAGAAGUAAACCCUGCUUUUAUGAACAGUCUACUCCAACAGCUCAUAGGGGGAAGAGGUGCCUUGACCCCUCCUAUGAUUGUUCACCUUCAACCUGAUUCUUCUGUUGGCACUGGCCAAAACAGACCUCUAUGUAAUGCCUUUAGUUAGACAGAUGUCUUGAAUCUAUACCGAUAAACUGAAGCCUGCAAUGUUCUACUUUUUAAGUCCUCUCCUGCCUUGAAGGUCUUGUGUAGCCACUAAGCAAAUGUGAGGGUUUGGGUUUGUUUUGCUUUUUUCUUUUCUGGGAGCAGUAUAACUUUCUAAUCUACUUACAAGUCUGUAGAUACCUUCCACUAGUUUCAAGAAGUUCAAAGCAGACUGGCAAGGCCCUGUGAAAGAAUUGUAGCCUUCAGUGCUGUUGAAGUUUUCAAGUUCAUUUUACUGUGUUGUAACUAAUGUGUUUCCAUGAUUUUUCCCUAUUUGCUAUUCAUUAAGUUAAAAAGCAAUCAUGUCUCAGUGAAAAACUUGGACUCACUGCAUUUGCUUUAUAACUUCCUCUUCAUGGGGUACAUUCUCUAGAUUAAUCCAUAAACAUAAAACAUAUGCUCUUCCAUCUCUUUCUGCUCUCCCUGCCUGAGCCCAGUUCUUUAGGGAAAUUGUUCCAGCUGCCUGGGAGCCCUGUUUGUCCGUCCUUUCCCACGCAGCAGGUGAAUUGCAUGUUAGAGCAAGCUUCCCUGAGCUCAAACACACAGCUCUCCUUUGGGUUAGCCCAGUGCUUGGGUACUCACGAAUAUGGUAUCUGAUUUGCAUAGGUAAUGCUCUGUAGAAUUAGCAUCUCUCAAUGUGCUGCUGGUGGACCUAACUGGUUAGAUGCACAGUUUAGCAUAUGUUGCUAAUAACGGGUCACAUUUCUUAUUAAAAGAGGUCUUUACUUUGUGUCCUGACUGAAGUCUAAAGCAAAUAAUUCUGUCCUGCUGCCAAAACUCACAUUUACCUGAUUAUACAUUUUAAUUGGAUUUGGCAUCUUUUCACGAGCCUUGCUUCCUGGCAAACUAUUAUCACUGGAACGUCUAACUACUGUCAGAGUGUGGCACCAGGCAUCUAUUUACAUGGAAGCUUUUAACUGUCAACACCAAAGCAAUUGCUUUAGUCCUGCAAACUCUAUAGCAAGAGUGCCCAGAUUCACGUGCAUAAAUUGGACACAUACCUAUUUGUGCACAUGUUAAAGUUACCGACAAAGCUACAUGAUGUUCCCUGUACCUUUGCAAAGCUUCUGUCUUUUGCUUGCCUUGUGCUUUCAGAACAACCAGGAGAGGACUUGACGUGUUUAAUUAGCUUGGGAGAUUUAAUUCUGUCCAUAAUAAAUACCAGGAAUGGGAUGCAAACCCAGAGUUUUAGAUACGGCAUUUCACAAAGUGCAAAACGUUAGCGAGAAGUGUCGCUCUUAGUGCUGCAACGCGACUGCAGCUGCAAAGCCUCUUCAAGGUCAUGGUUAACAGCUGUGCUUUUUGUACACUGACCUACAAAUCAGAAGUUUUGCUGUGUUCAUAAAUUCAAAGGUUAGGUUUGGACAACUCCAAAGUGGAAAAUAUUUCUGAGGUGCUCUAGCACAUUGCCAGACUUUCAUUUAAACUGUGGAAAAUCAUUUGUAUUUUGAAAGUAUGUCAUAUUGGACACUGUGAAACAGUCAAUUGUGAAUGACUCUAAAGAAACUUGGGCUUAU